AAAAAAUAGCACAGCAUGUGGAUUUCUAACCAAACGUUGUUCCUAUCAUCCCACGACAUCUGUAGCACUCACAUCCAGGUUUUCACAGCUGAGAAAGUACCCGUGGUCCUCCUAACCUGUGGCUACAUGGGGUUCAAGAAUGCGAAGAAAUCGACAGCUCUUGCAGCGCAGACGACUGGCAUUGCAGCAGGAAACAAAGCAGCUAAAAAGGGCGUGUACCACGUACGGGUUGUGGUGAAAGGCCUGGGACCUGGGCGGCUGGCAGCCAUCCAAGGCUUAACCUUAGGAGGGCUGGAGGUGAUCUCCAUCACGGACAACACGCCAGUGCCGCACAACGGCUGCCGUCCUCGGAAAGCACGGAGGCUGUGAGAGGAGGGGAGUCAGGAGGGAGGAAGAGAAGACGCUGUGCCUGGAUCUCAAAUAGUUUAUGCAGCCAUCUUUGGGCAGAUAUUUUUCUCUCUGCAACUUUCAGAGCAGGGACAGGCUCGGGGGUUUGGGAAGGCAACCCAGAGACUUAUGUUUAUAAAGUGUGAAUAUUAAAAAAUAAAAACUUGCCUCCAUCUCGGAGGGACUCUUGGAAUUACA